AUGGCCUUUCGCACAUCCCUGCGGCUCGUCGUCGCUGCCCGCCCUGCGGCAGCCCGAUUCUACUCCCAGGCCACCACCGUGCCGACCUCGAGCGCCUCGUCUGUGACGGCCGCCCAGAUCAAGAGGGACGCCGCCCUGUCCCACCCCGAUCCGGCAGAGGACUCGGCCAGCGCCGCCCUCGUCCGCGAGCACGCACCCUACAUGGUGGCCACCUACGCCCGCCCGCCGCCCGUUUUCGUCAAGGGCGAGGGCUCCUAUCUCUGGGACAUCGAAAACAAGAAGUACCUCGACUUCACCGCCGGCAUUGCCGUCAACUCGCUCGGCCACUGCGAUCCCGAGAUCGCUACUCUGAUUGCGCAGCAGGCCAAAACCCUCAUGCACGCCUCCAACCUCUACUACAACCCCUGGACCGGCACGCUUUCCAAACUCCUCAUCCAGAAAACCCUCGCCUCCGGCGGCAUGCACGACGCCACCGCCGCAUUCAUCUGCAACUCCGGCAGCGAAGCCAACGAAGCGGCCAUCAAAUUCGCGCGCAAAGCCGCCAAAGCCACCGACGGCAGCACCACCAACCCCAAACACGAAAUCGUCUCCUUCCUUAACGCCUUCCACGGCCGCACCAUGGGCUCGCUCUCCGCGACCCCCAACCCGAAAUACCAAGCGCCCUUCGCCCCCCUUAUCCCCGGCUGCCGCGUCGGCACCCUCAACGACACCGCCUCCCUCCCCACCCUCGUCACCCCGCACACCUGCGCCGUGCUCGUCGAGCCCAUCCAAGGCGAGGGCGGCGUGCAGGUCGCCUCGGACGCCUUCCUCACCGCGCUCGCGCGCCGCUGCCGCGAGGUCGGCGCCGUGCUCAUCUACGACGAGAUCCAGUGCGGCCUGUCGCGCACGGGGCGGCUGUGGGCGCAUGCGCACCUGCCGAAGGAGGCGCACCCGGAUGUGGUCACCACGGCCAAGGCGCUGGGGAAUGGGUUCCCGAUUGGGGCCACGCUGGUGAAUGGUUGA